AUGUCUAUCCAAUCAGGAAACACCUAUAAAAUCUACAACGGCAAAUCCGGCACCAUCCUUGAUCUCUCUGGCACUGACGGAAGGACCAUUUCUGGCUUCUCCGACAACGGCGGUGACAAUCAGAAGUGGCAACUCGAACAAGGUCAAGGCGGUCACUGGACCUUCCGUAGCGCCGCUUCUGGUCAGUACCUCGGCGUCGGGGGACCCUUCGAGGAUGGCACGCCUCUUGUCAGCGUCGAUGAGCCCGUCAGAUGGGAUAUUUAUCCUGAUGACGAAGACUCCAGCGUUUUCCGGUUAGCUUUCUCUUUCCUUCACGUCGUAAUUUACGUUCCAGGUGCCCCAACUGCGUUGAACAUCGAUCUGUCUGACCAUGGCAAUCCCACACCCGGAACGAUCGUAACUUUGUGGGGAAAGUGGGAGGGCAAGAAUCAGACCUGGAGGUUUGAGCAGGUGUACUAA